AUGCUCAGGAUAGACGAUAAAACCGGAGAAUUCUACCUCACCCACGCUGACCUUAUCGCCUACCUGCACAACCACCGCGAAGACACAAACAUCUUCGUCCCACCCUUCAUCCCCGACCCGGACAACGUCCCCACCAUAACAAUCGAUCUCUCGGAUCUACCCUCCAUCUCUGAUCCUUUACCCUCAAUCGAUAUCCUCCCCUACCUCCUCAUCUACACCCGCUGCCCGGACGUUACAUUCUGCACGCGCGGGCCCCCCAUCGUACACGACCGCAUCUUCAAGUUCUUCACCGAGCUCGUUAUCCCGCGGCGCGCCUUCUGGACCCGGUGUAUUGCCGAUAACUUGGGAAUAAGGGAAGUCAGGGUUUUUUGUGAGUGGGAGAGGACGGUGGAUAUUGUGUUGGAUCCCGGGAGUAGGUGGGCGAGAGACUGGAAUUGUGUGCCGUGGAUUGAGUGGGAGAAGGUUAGCAAGGUGAGGGUUUUUACGCUUUGUCUGGGGUUGAAUGUUAAUAGGGCGUUUGGGUGGGAGGGGCAUGUUGUUGUGGGGAGUGUGGAGGGGUAG